AUGUACUGUGAUCAGGCUUUAAAACGCUUCAUUUUUGGAUUGAAGGAUCAGUAUGGUAAUAUUUUUGCGCACUCACACGUGAAUAGUUUGCCAGAUGCUUUGCGUAAAAUUCAAGAAAUGGAAAACUUUUGGUAUGAGCGUUCUUUGACCAAUUUCAUGAGAGAUACAGACGAACCCCAACGCAAAAAUAGUCAGUUUCCCAAACCAGUACCAAAUCAGAGGGGAAAUAAUUUCAAUAAUAGCUUCCAAAAUCAGUUUAGGCCACAAUUCCAAUUGUCACCACCCAGAGUUGGUCCACCCAGACCAAAUAAUUUAACUCCUCGGCCGCAACUAAGUCAGCCGCAGUUAAUGCCAAAUCGUUUUCCAAAUUCAAAUCAACAAAUUUCUAGGAAUACCCAACCUAAUAGGCCAACACCUAUGUCCGUCGAUGGUAGUAAUUAUCGCCCAAAUAAUUCUAUAAGACAGCCGUAUCGCCCCAACUUUUUUCAACAAGCAAGCCGUCCAAAUGUGAUUGUGGAAGAGCUCCAUAAUCAGGAGACCGAAGGCUCUGAAUUUCCUGAUCAAUACGAUAACUAUUUUUCUGAAGCCCCGUACGUUGAUCAGCAAGACUUUGAUUACAUGGAAAGUGAAGUAGCUUCUUUUGAAAAUGAUAGUGCCCAGGUUGGAAAUUUUCCAAUACCAGCCUCGGAACCGAAUCAGUCGUCUUAA